AGAUUCUCUCUAAAGUAAGACUUUCAGAUUCACGGGAUAUCCACUCUUAUGACAAGAUUCAAAUAUAAAACUAGUUAAUUAAAUUCGCUAAUUCAAUCGAUGAUUCUUACAAUCACGAUUUCCUCCCAGGUCAUCAGAAAAGAAUGGCUAAAUUGAAAGAAGAAGCUGAUCGCGCUAUCGAAUCACUCGAUGCAAAUAUUCAGUUGCAUUGAAUCUCGAUAAUGAAGUUCGGUAUUGCUUAGCACGAGUAAUCUCUAGGGUUUUGAAUGUAUUUUUCCUUUGAAUAUUUUUUUAUAAAAACAAAAUAUCUAAAAACACCCCUAAAACUUGCCUCAGGUUAAUAUUUCCCUAAUCUCUAGUGUUAAUAAUGUAAUCUGUGGUUCGGAUCAUGUUUUAUAUCAAGUAGAAAAGAGGCAAUCGGAAGAGGAUGAAGCGAUGUAUUUGUAUUUGAGAGGAAAGCUACUGGAUGUGUCUCCCGGUUAUCAUAAGGAAGCGGAGGAACAUCUACUGAAACUUAAUUUGAAUCCUUGUAUUGCGGAUGCAUGGAUAUGCUUAGGGACUUGCUCCGGGAAGAGAGGUGGUUUUUUUAAAGCUAAAAAAUGCUAUGAACUUGUCCUUGAGCAGGAGCCUGAAAAUAAGGAGCUGUUGCGUCAAUUAUCAAUGCUUGAAAGAAGACAGUGCAUAGAUGGAACAGAGGUUGAAAAUCCAGAAGAAACCAUUGGUGAUAGUAUCAAACAUGCAAAGGAUGCAAUUCUUCGAGAUGUCCAGGAUGGAAUAUCUUGGUAUGCCCUAGGAAAUGCAUGUUUCACUGCCUAUUUUCUGACUGGAACUUGGGAUCAUGAUAUGCUUUUUCAGUCAUUAAAAGCAUACAGGAAUGCUGGCAAAGACAAAAAGAUGAAGUGCUGUGCUGAAUUCAAUUACACCUGCUCGAUGGCGUGCAAGUUUCUAGAGAAAUAUCAGAUGGCCCUCACCGGUUUGGAAAUUGCUGGAUUAAUGGAUCCUAGUCUUAAAUGUCUAGAGCAAGCAUCAAAUUUGUGUGAUGUUCUUGAUAAUAUAGACUUUUUGCUUCAGGAACUGAAUGAUGCUAAGCGGCUUCCUUCUCCAGCAUCACCCCUUCCUGCUGUUGAUUCCCAAGCAUCAAUACUUGCUUCUGCCGAAUUGGAUCCUUCAUAUGAGAGAGCUACUGUCGAUCGCCCAGCUGAAGGUCUUAAUGAAGGAAAAGCAGUCACAGGAAAAGUUCUAUUUUCAGUUAAGAAUCCGAGUGGAAGCCCAAUAUACUAUGUUGUCUGUGAUUCUGACCACACAUGUUUUGUAAUUACUGUUUACGGAGUAUGCAGCACUGCAAUCAAAGAAGAAGAUGAGAUCACACUAUUGGAUCCUUUAUACCAUUUCUUUGAUUUUGAAUGGAAGGCAAAGCAAUAUCAGUUCAAAUCUGUUAGCGUGGAUUUUCUACAAGAAAUUCGUGUUAACGGAGAAGUUGUCUCUCCUGAACAUGUUAUUCAUCCAUCAAUGUAUGCUGAUUUCAUGAAAGGAGAAAGGAAAAAAAGGAUGAUGUUGGAAGAAUCUCGACUUCCUUUUUCUGCAUUCCCUUGGCUUCUUAUUUGCCACGGAGAAUGCAGGGAAAAUCAAACAUUUUUCAGCAUAUCAGAGGCACGCUACUAUGAUAGAAGCAUACCUGAGCUUCAGAACAAGAUGAUAUGCGCUUAUGCGCAGGAUUGGCUCGUGUUAUUUGACGUUGAGUAUUGUGACUGCUAUCUUUGGAAUGCUAACUCAGAGGAGAAAAUUCAGCUCCCACCACUCCCCGAGGACGGCUAUGUGAGGUGCCUUUUGUCCCGACCACCCGAUGAUCCAGAAUGUUGCAUACUUUUCCUGAUCGAUGAGAGUCGUGAGGAUGACAUAUAUGUGGGACGGCGUACAUUUUACUUUUGCAAGCCUGGGUACAAUGAAGGAUUUCAUAAACAAGAAAUGCAACUUGAUGAUGAUGAAUUGGGGGAUUGGACAGUCUUCAACGGGAAAUUUUACGCAUUGAUGUCCGACGAGUCAAUUCUUGUGCUUUUGGAUGUAGAUAAUGACUUGGGAACAAUAACCAUUACACCAAUGGUUGACCAACCCGCAUUUGAUUAUUGCGGAUACUUAGACAUGCCACGCUCUGGGAGAUACCUCAUUCAGUCCUCAUGUGGCGAUGAUCAUAUGUUACUAUAUCUUCACAAGCUGUAUUUUUAUAACUCGAAGGAGUUAUAUGGGUUUUUUUUGUUUCAGUUUGAUUUUGAGGAGAAAGCGUGGAAGAAGUUGACAAGCAUUGGCGAAAGUGCAGUUUUUUUGAGUGAUAGGUGGGGGUCCGGGGGGAUAACUUGCUCCACAAGAGGCGCUAAUAUUAAGAAAGAUUCCAUCUAUUUCAUUGAGAGGGACGAUCGUUUUCUGUACGUCUAUGAUUUGGAAAGAAAGAGCAUGAGUAUAUCUCUCCCGUGCCCAUAUGUUGAUGUGGAAGAGUCGUUUCAAUGGUUAUCACUUCCUUCCCGGUGAAGAUUGUUUUCUUAUAGUAAUCAUUUUUUUGCUUCUAGUUCCGAAUUCUGCCCACAAUAUAUUAAGCUUUGGCUGCAAAACCUUCGUGUCCUGUCUUUGCUUCAGUGUCUAAAAGACCAGCUUCUUGUGUAAAACCAUGCUGCAUUCUUGGCUGAUAUGCUUAGUGAUUGGUAUAUACCUAGAUUGUUAUCGGACAGUUUGUGCUCUUGUGGGUUUCUCAUUAUUAUUGUUUUUUAGUUA